UGACUGGUACAUUGAAGACUGGAGAGCUUGCAGAAUGUUGACCGUGAUGGUGGUAAGAGACAAGCGAUGCUAUACUUGUAUCCCGGCGACGCACGAUUUCGAUUUCUUCAAACAUCAAACCAGGUUAUCUACCAGAAUCUGAUUAACUCUCUUCGACACGAAGCCUACCAGCAGCCGGACACCACCUUUGCUAGAAAAACUCUCCACGACAAACGUAAAGCUUGUAGUUGGCAUCAACACCAAGAGCUUCAGGGAGCUUCGGGAAUAUAGAAAGGAUCCGUACACCGCGGAGGUGAACACAAAUUCGAGCAGAUGAUUCUGCUGCCAGGACAAUCGGAUGUACUGUACGCACACCGACACCCGCACCCGAACGAUGCGACAUUAAUGAAGAAGAGAAGACGAGCCUUGUGUUUCUGUGGGACAAAAUCACCUGAUUUUCAUGUGAUGGUUCCGUCGGUCCACGGUUAUAAUUAUCGGUCCCUUCCAGCCCCUUCCUCUUCUCCGCCAUGGUCAUCCUAAUACUCGGAAUGCUGCACUCAAAUACUUAAUUCUCGUCGGAACUUUGUUCACGUAUCGAAAUCAAAUCAAGUAAUCCUCCUUCCAUCUCUUUCGUGGGAAGCUCGAGCCUAUCAAGUUCUCCAUGCUGAGUAUUGGCCUGCACAUUGCAAGUACACUAUUUAGCGGGCAGCCAAACACAAGCAUAAUGAUUGCGAUAUCUUAUCUGUGACGCGGAACCAUUCAACGUCUUCCCCGACAGACUAGGCUGGUGCACUCCUUUUAAAGGACACGUGCAGCGGAAACAGGAAGAUUUCUAUCCACAUAUACUCAACAGAACUCCUAUUGCAGUGCCCGUCAAAAACGAAUCACUCAUAAGCAGACCCACCUCUCUACUCCAGGACGGAUAGCACAUACGUACCUUGGAAUGGCAUCUCAAGGCUAUAAAAGCUCAGGCAGUACGGUAUACCACGGGUUUUUUGCAUAACGAUAGCUUGCUCUUAGUUCCCGAAUCAUGUGCGGUAUCUCUGGAACUUAUUCAACCUGUCAUGCCUUCCCGCUUGAUAACGCGGUAUCGUCUCUGGAGGGGGACCUCAGAGCUUCCAUCCAAGCUAUGGCCCAUCGGGGUCCGGACUCUUUUGGGACGUUUUACGAGGUCUUUGAAGGAGGGUCAGUUGGCCUUGCACAUGCCCGACUCUCUAUUAUCGACAUAGAAGGAGGCCAUCAGCCUCUCUACGACGACGCAAAUUCCGUCCACGCUGUAGUGAAUGGGGAGCUCUACGAUUACGCAGUGAUCCGUAAACGGCUUGAACAGGAGGGUUGUGUUUUUACGACUUCCGUCGACUCGGAACUUCUUAUCCAUCUGUACAAAGUAUACGGGUUAGAUUCGAUCCUUCACCUUCGAGGAGAGUUCGCGUUCAUUUUGUACGACAAGCAGCGAAGGAUGAUCUUUGCUGCUCGGGAUAGGUUCGGCAUCAAGCCACUCUACUACACGCUUCUAGAUGGUGGCAAGAAGUUACUUCUUGCAAGUGAGAUGAAGGCCCUUGUACCGUUGGGAUGGAAACCUGAGUGGGAUGUCGAGAGUAUCGUGCAGUUGGGGGAAUUCAUUGAUGAUAGGACCGUGUUCAAAGGGGUAUACAAGCUUCCUCCCGCACAUCAGUUAAUAUUCCGCCAUACCGGUCGGCUCAAGGUCGAACCUUACUGGGACCAUAGCUACAAUUCUCCAGACGUUCCCGAGAGCCGUUCGCUCGAGGAAAUGAUAGACGGUGUCCAGAAACGUCUGGUCGACUCUGUCAAGGCACGUUUACGCUCAGACGUUCCUCUCGGAGUCUAUCUAAGCGGCGGAAUAGACAGUGCCGUGGUCGCUGGGAUUGCCUCCAAGCUUUUGAAAGAAGGCAGUCCGGAGACGAAACUAAACACGUUUACGUUGGCGUUUCCAGAUCGUGCCGAGUUAGAUGAAGGUCCAAUUGCGAAACGGAUGGCAGAGUCCAUCGGGGCUGUAUCUCACCUGAUAACCCCGACCGAAGCCGACCUCGUCUCAUACUUUGAAAAAUCUGUCUAUCACUCCGAACAACCAGUUCACACUUUGAACGGCGCCGGAAAGAUGAUUUUAUCAGAGUACGUACGAAGACAUGGAUUCAAAGUAGUCUUGAGUGGGGAGGGCGCUGACGAGGUUUUCGCUGGAUACUCUUUCUAUCUGGCAGACUACCUGAGUGCUGUUGACCACGCAGCGGUGGACCUCGGGAUCCCACUGCCUACCUCAUCGGAGCUCUUCAUGGCGUUGAAGGAGUUUGAAGGAAAGAAAUUGCCGCAAGAUCAUCUCUCGCUGAGUCAGGUGGAUCCCGAAGCGACGAACAGUAGCCGGCCGCUAGGAGGGAUCUACUUCCCGAAGGUAUUGAGUACCGCGGGAUUCGAUAAUCAGGUUUUUAGUCAGGAUAUCAUCGACAAAGUCGGGAGUCCUGAUCAUUCCUUGAAUAUCGCCGAGAGAUUGAAUGCCAGGGCGAGAACAGAUAUAGUCUCUCGGAAAUAUCACCCGCUCCAUUGUGCAUUGCACACAUGUAUGCAUACGAGCCUUCCCAAUUUCGUGUUGAAUCUCCUUGGAGAUCGAAUGGAGAUGUCCAACUCGGUCGAGGGACGACCUCCACUUUUAGACCAUCAUUUGGUCGAAUACGCGAAUAGCCUGCCGCCCUCAGUCAAGAUAAUGCCCAGACUUCAAAACAGUAACCGUGGUGACGAGUCCCUCCCGACAGAUCCUUCUAGCGCUCAACAGCGUAAAUGGGUAUUCACGGAGAAAUGGAUCCUCCGUCAAGCAGCGAGACCCUUUGUAACCGAAGAAAUCUUCAACCGCACGAAAUCUCAAUAUAACGCCCCUCUUUCCCGCCCUUCAAGUUCCAGUGCGUCCGUGGCAUCGGGUGAUUCCUCGGAGUCGAGUCGAUUGAUGAGUCGUGAGCUGGCGCCACUCCAGAAGUACCUGAAAACUCGGCUCACUGAAAACGUCAUAAGAAGAUUAGGUUGGGCUAGUUGGGAGUAUGUUGGCAGGCUUCUAGAAGAGUUUUUGGAAUCUCCGCAGAGUCCGGCGGAUGGUGGAAUUGAUAGAAGAGCGAGAAUUUUGCUAUGUAUGGCAAGCUUUGUGGUUUUGCAGGAAAGAUUCGGGGUGCCGGUCGUCGACUUGGACAGGUUGUAGCUGAUCAGCUCACCCGAGGGCGAAGCAUUCGGGUACUCGUAUUCGCAUGUGUCCCAGUUGCAGUGAUACGAAUCGUAAUACGGCUCUGUUAAAUUGCAUCUAGAAAUCGAGC